AUGAAGCUUAAGCUCAUUAUUCUCGCUUUUAUUAUUUCAACUUGUUCGGGAGACUCAAUUAAUCCUCAAAGAUGUAGAUUAGGAGCUUGUACUUUUUCUGGAAUAAACUUGACCUUGUCCGAUUACGAGUGGCAACCAACGGCGGAUAAUCAGGAAUCAGUUUAUAACAUUGAUUUUGAAUCAAGUGUAAUUCCAAUUUUGUAUGAUAAUAUUUGCAACACUUUUUCGAAGUUAGAAUACUUACUUAUGGAUUCCAUCAAAAUUGAAGAAGUAGCGGAAAAUGCUUUUCAUCGGUGCACAAAUUUAAAGACUUUGAAUCUCUUUGAUAAUCGUAUCAAAAAAUUACAUCCAAAUACCUUCAAGGGAUUGACAAAUUUGGAGAAAAUUUGGCUUAACUCUAAUAAAUUGACAGAACUCGAUGACAAUUUGUUUGAAGAUUUGCACAACUUAAGGGUUCUGAGUUUAUCCGGAAAUGACAUAACCCAUUUUGCACCAGAAAUUUUACGAAAUAAUCGAAAUUUGGAAACAAUCUGGUUGCAUUCAAAUGACUUGCUGAAUUUAGAUGUUGAAAAAAUUGUGGAAUUUUGUCCAAAUCUCACAGAUUUAUACUGGAAUGACAAUCAAGUGUCCUGUUCUCGAGCUGGAGAAGCAAAUAUUUUUUUGAAUUCCAAAAAUAUUGAGUUUAAAGAUUAUAUUUUAUUUAAAAGUCGUAAUUAUACAACAGACACAAUUGAUGGUUUUAAGUGCGUUCCAGACAGUACAUGGAAUACGUUAUUCUCGAAAAAAGGUGAAGAAAUUGGUCUCGAAAAAUAA